AUGCAUCAAGUUCCGAAUGAAACAAUGAAACUUAUUCCUCUUCAACCAUCACCACCGAUACCGUCAUCAGUGUCGACCUUACUUUCAACAAAUAAUUCUUUAGCACAGGAUCUUCUUUGGAUAAGUAAACAACAGCAACAGCAUCCAUCAACCCUUUCGCAUCCAUUGAAAAAUACUAUACGAGUUAAUUCUCGUGGUGUCCGUUAUAAAUUUGAUGGUAAACAAUGGCGACCAUUAUGUGUAUCACACGAUGGAUAUGAAUGUCGAAAUCUAGCAUAUCGCUCUUCAUUAUGUCAAAAGCAUUUCUAUAAGGUACAUCUUUUUAAACGACCAUACGCAAAAACUGGUCCAAUGCCACAGCAACCAUCAUCAUUAUCUGGUACUCCACCACUGGCACUAAAACGUCCGUUACCAUCGGAUUUUGAUCAUCAUCAACGCCAUCAAAAUGAACAACAACCAAACCAACAAAGUAGCAUUAAUGACGAACUCGAAGAACUAUCUGAAGAUGAUGAUUCAAUUGAAGUCAUUGAAGAUAAUGAUGCAAUAGUCAGUAAACAAGAUACCAGCCAGUCACAACCAGAAUUCAGUUAUUUUUCCAUUGAUGGUGAUUCUGAAGAAAUUUCCGAAGCGCCAAUUAAACAUCAAGUUAAACCAGAACCGUCAUUAACAACAACAACAACAAUAGCAACAGCAGCAAUAACAAAACCCUAUGCUAGUCGCAUAGAAGGAGUAGCAAAACGAUUAGAUUCAACAAAUACAGAAUCUGUUAUAUCGAAUGAAUCUGAAUCAUCAUCAACAUCAUCAUCAUUAUUGAAUACAUCGAUUCCGAAAAUCAUCGAAUCUAUUCGUCUCGGUAUUCCACCAUUAACGCGAACAGAAGAAAAAUCUGUAGCAAAUGAAUUAAUUUCACAAUUAUCAACGGACAUAUCAUUUACAAUAGGAGAACACAUGGCACGUCGUCGAGCAUGUGAAAUAGUUUUCGAUAAUUAUUCUCAUCGAAUUUUAUGUGAGAAUAUUGCAACAGAAUGGUUUUAUGACUUUCUCUUACGGAAUCCACGUGUACCAAUACAUUUUCAAACAUGGUUUUCGUCGGUCAAAUCAACAUUACCAUCAUCGGAUCAAUUAAUUGAAAUUAAGAUUUGGGAACUAGGACUUGUCACACGUUCUAUUGUUCCACCAUUGUCACGUUAA